UGCUGAUCUGACCGGACUGUGAUCUAAAAACAUAGAAUAAAACCUAGAGGAGCCAGGAGGCCAAUUCUGAGCAUUACAUUGACUACAUGUUUAAGAUUGAAGGUUCACAGAGGAAGCGAGGUGUAUAACUAGUUUCUGGCUCCCCGUCUCAGAAAGCAGAGUGGAGGUGGUCCGGCAGCAGCUUCUCCAUUCGUUUUGGAGCAAUAUCUACUGAUAUCUGAUUGCUGGCAUGCUGGCUUUGACAAAGGAAACACCUCCUGACAGCAGGUUGCUCCCUAACGCUUCAGUACGUUGUUUUAAGGUUUGCCGAUCAACCAAUGACAUCAGACGUAACAAAAAAAUGCAGUAUAAAAGCAGAGAUCAACAUGCAAACACACGGUACACCCUGCCGCUCAGCUUUUUGAGAGUUUAGAAACAAGAUUAGCAGUCAGAAUGCUUUUGGUUGCCGUCUUUGUUCUGCUUGCUGCUUCUGCUGCGGCAGAUCUCAGGCCACACUACUCGUUCUCUCCACCCGUUGGGUCGGGAGGUGGGAGCUCCUACGUGAUCACCGGUGAGGGAAGGAUCACCGCUGUGAGAGUUUGGGAAUAUUAUUCCAAUUACAUCCGAGCGAUCCAGUUCCGGUACGGAUACCUCUGGUCUCCGAUUGUUGGCUACAUAUACGGGGACGCCCAGGAAAUCGAGCUGUACGACGGGGAAGCCAUCAUCCAGAUUUCUGGGAAGUAUUCCUCCUACCUGCAGUCCAUCGUCUUCACAACCAACCGGGGCCGCUCCCUGUAUGUGGGUCAGCCAUCUGGCACGUCCUUCAACAUGUACCCGGACCACCCCGAGGCCGAGCUGAUCUUCAUCAGCGGCCAUUUGAACGGAGGCCUCACCUCUUUGGGGUCCCACUGGGCCAUCGUUGAUCCGUCCUUGAGCCCAACCAACAGCUCUUUCGGACAUUAAGGCCUGAAGAAACGACAGAUGUUGGGAUCUGAAAUCUGAUUCACAGCUUUUUUUACUGCACUGGUUUAAAUACAAUGUGGUAAUUAAGACUCUUGAAGGAUUUCUUUUGAUUAAUCAAUAAAAAAAAAUGCAUCCUUCAAGUCGUCAUCAUCAGAAAUUUAAUUAAAGAUCAAAUCUGGGUUUUUGUUAAUGUGUUCAAAUCAAUUAUGAAAAGUCUUUUUUUUCUGAAAAUACUGAACACAACAAUGUUUAUGUUAACUGUUGACUUUAAAAUAUGAUUUAUGAAUAAACUGCAUCUGCCUUCACCUUU